AAUAAGAACAAUUGGAUCACAGUGAAUGUUUCUUUUUUGUUUGUUUGUUUUCUUAACCUUUCCAAAGGCAGAAAAAAUGUUUUUUUGUGCAACUUUACAUGUUACUUUACUACCAGCAGUCUCCUCAUAAUCUAAAUUACAUGUACAUAUUUGGCACACACUUGGUUAACCCACACAGGAUAUAUUUCACUCUCCGUCUAGUGCCAGGCAGUCACUGUAGAUCUGUUUAACAGAACAACUUGAAAUAUUGUCCCGUUUUCAAAUUAUACUCUGAAAUGUUAUUAGGUUCUUGUUCCCUGAAUCAUUAACCAACAUUAUGUGCAUCAUUGUUAUCCAAUUAAGGUCUGCAUCUGGAAGUGGCCAAAUGUUAAAUCGAGGACAUGGUGAAUUCACUCGAAGCAAAUAAGGCAAACCAUGAUUGCAGCAGUUACAUUUAAUUAACUAACCAUAACAUUUAUUUAUUUUUGUGGCCAUUCUGCAGCUUGAUGAAAUAUGUUCAUCACUGACAUUUUUACUCCAUUAUAUUUGCCCCAGUAAACUUGCAGCAGCUGUGCAGUACCAGACCUUAUGCAGCCACUUCAGCCAUAUUGCUCAUAAUUUCAGCUCUUUCACAUCAGACUUGAGUUUAUCCAUUUAUUUAUUUUUUUUAUUUUAUUUUAUUUUUUACACUCACUAAAAUCAUACAAUGGCCACUUGAGCUGUUACGCCAGACAUCUUUAAAAGCCCACAGGGAAAAUACAAACCCCUUUAAAAGCGAAUAGUAAAGACGCGGACAUCUGUAGUAACUGUUAGAUCUGUUAUUAGUUGAUGGAGCACGUGACUAGCUCUUUGUUACAGUCUCCACCCCUUUCACGUGAACGCGCCUUAAGCCGAAUUAGUAAAUCUUGGGUUAACAAAGCCUGCUGGUAUACAUCUUUAUGACACCGGUUAUCUCUCCCUCGCUGCCGUCGUUUAGACACUCACUGAUUAUCUGGAUCGUCUCGCAAUUAACUGUCGCGGCGAUUAAACUCGGCUCCAGUUGUUUGUGGCGACCUUGGAUUACGAUUUGAUUAUUAAAUCUGGCAUUGAAACAUCUCGGAUAACUGCGCGCACCCGCCCUGCCAAAAAGGAGAGAUUAGUCGAACGCCGAAACCAGGAGCUCUUUCAAUGAACGCAGAUAGAGAUUACCAGCUGAUGAGAAAACAGGAGAGGGCCCAUUUUUUCAGCUCUAAAGAGCAGGAACUCAUUUUGAAGUUGUAUGAAGAAGAGAGAGGGGUACUGACGGCUAAAUCCAACACCACCACUGCCUCUAAACUGAGAGUGGAAGCCUGGCAGAGAAUUGCUGACAAAAUAAAUGCGGUGUCAGACAGUGGCUACAAGAGGACAUGGCAGCAAGUGAAAGUAAAACACAAGAACAUUGUGCAAACAGCAAAAAGGAGGUAUUCCGAGAUCAUGAGGGACGACGGGGGCUCUGCGACCCCCUCUCUGACCUCAGCUGAGGAGGACGUGCUGCAUCACAGAGACAGCAGGCUAAGAGUUGAGGUCUUCCCUGGAGGUGCUUGCAGCGAACUAAUUACUGGAUCUGACAGUUCGUUUAUGAAUGUAUCAGGCCAUCCUGUCCUCCUCCUACCGGUAACAAAGACUGAACCAGAGAGCUUGAGCAGCGAUGAAACAGAUGUUAGUGACACUCAUUUUGAAAGGGACGUGCACAAUAGCAGCUUCCAGGAGGGCACCAACUCAGCAGGCGCAGCAACUGGUGAAAGAAGUCCGCACAAGCAGACAGAAGACGUAAAGUCCCUGUAUUGCUGUUACCUCAGAAAGGAGAUGGAGAACCGGGACCAAGAGAUGGCAUACAGAGCACUGAAGAUGAGGAAGCUUGAAAAAGAAAUCUUAUUACUUGAUAAGCAGCUGAUGUGAUUGAUUUAUUUAUUUUUUUUACCUUAAUAACAUGUUACGUUAAUUUUUUGAGGUAAGACGGUUUAACUUAGGACAGCCACACUGGUGUUUGUAAGUAGCAGUUAACUGCUGUAGUAGAAAGCAGGCAUGUCUCUUGUAGUUCUGCCUUCAUGUGCUGGUCAAGCUGUGUCAGACUCUUUCCUAUUCUUGCAUUGUGACACCGUGCACAUGCAGCAACACUUAAAAUAUUAAGGCAAUCCUCAGUCAAUACUGGCAAUACUGAAAACUUUCUAUUGGUUAUCUGGAGGUCAUUUCAUUCCUAGCAGGAGUUGCCUCGAAGCAGGCUUUGAGGCCCAGCAAGGGUUCAGCGUAGGAACAUUACACAGAAAGGCUUGUACGGUAAGUGGAGCCUGUCUGGAGCCAUCACAUGGGGCCUUGACACAAGUUGUGUAGGGUCACCAUUCACUAGCACAGGGGAUUUAAAAUCUAUUCAUGAAACAAUGUAUGGCUUUCAUUUCAGCAGAACUUUAUUUGUGGUUUGAGAAUAUUAAAAGACAAAAGGCGUGACAAUUAUUAGGACCAUAUCAUUAGGACCACUGUCAUGUGAAGUGAAGAAAAUUGAUUACCUCAUUUUCAGGACACCUAUCAGUUGGUUGGAUGUAUCAGGCAGUAGGUAAAUAUUUUAUCCUCAGAGUUGAUAUGUUACAGGUGGAAAAAAGGGACAAUUGGAAAGGUUUAGGCAAUUUUUAAGAAACAAAAUGUGAAGAUAAGACUGUAGCUCUUGUGGGAUCAUUCCUGGCUUGCAGUGGUCAGUCAAGGAUCAAAAGUGGUCCAAGGAGGGUAUAGUGAACUGGCAGCAGGACCAUGGACUCACUGAUGCAUGCGGAAAGUGAGGGCUGACCCGUGAGGUUCGAUCCAACAGAUGAGCUAGUGUUGCUCAAAUUGCUGUACUUGUACCAAAAUAUAAGCUACAUUUCCACCACCACCACCAGGCUAAUUUAAAUGUGGUGGAACCUGCAAUUUUGAUGCAAAAGGUCAUUCUAAAUAAGCCACAAGAAAACGGUUGGUUUGUAUUUCUUUAUGUAUCUACUGGUCAAUAUUUCAAUAUGUUCAACUUCCACAUAAUUAACAAAGCCAUUAUGUUUUAUUUGUGUGCCAGGAAUGGGUUAAGAGUCAUUCUGUUUCCAAGCUUUUACCAUCUUAGCUGUACUUUUGUCUAGCUUUCAGUUAUAUUUUUAUAUGAAAUUUAGUAGUGAUUCUUUGUGAGUUGGUUUUACUAUAUUAAUGGAAUCGCUAUAAUUGUGUGUAUUAUUUAUGUUAUGUUUUAUUUGUUAUGUUCCUGAGUUUUGUUUGCACUGACUACAAUACAGACUAGUUUGUAGGGCAUGAAGGUUCCUGUUUGUUGACUUUGUUGAAUCUCGUGGAUUAAAUGCUUGGUGGGGACUCAAACAGUCCACGACUGCAAAA